UACUCGUUCACUCGCUCGCUCGUUCGUUCGUUCGUUCGUUCGUUCGUUCGUACGCUCGUUCGUUCGUACGGUCGUUCGUUCGUUCGCUCGCUCGCUCGCUCGCUCGCUAGCUAGCUAGCUAGCUCGUUCACUCUUCCGCCGUCGGUCUCUAUCGUUUUCUUCUUCUGUCUCUCGUGCGCCCGCCAUUGAAGUAAUCAAGUAACUGCGAUGUGUGAUAAUACUAACACGACGACGCAGAGUAUAGCGGACUACCUGUCACAGUUACUAAAGGACAGAAAGCAGCUAGCUGCUUUUCCAAAUGUCUUCAUACACGUAGAACGACUGUUGGACGAAGAGAUAGCAAAGGUGAGGGCGAGCCUUUUCCAAAUCAGCGGCGUCAAAAAGGAGCCGCUGGUUUUGCCAGAACCCGAAGGCGAGGUCACAACGCUUAUGGAGAAGGUUUAUGUGCCGGUCAAAGAACAUCCAGACUUCAAUUUCGUUGGAAGGAUUUUGGGUCCUCGCGGAAUGACGGCGAAACAAUUGGAACAGGAAACCGGUUGCAAAAUAAUGGUACGAGGAAAAGGUUCGAUGAGGGAUAAAAAGAAGGAGGAACAAAAUCGGGGUAAACCUAAUUGGGAACACCUAACAGACGAAUUGCAUGUUCUAUUGACUGUCGAGGAUACAGAAAAUCGUGCGACCUUGAAGCUUGCUCGAGCUGUUGAGGAGGUCAAGAAGCUUCUCGUGCCCGUGCAGGCUGACGGUGAAGACGAGCUAAAAAAGAGGCAACUGAUGGAACUCGCCAUUAUAAAUGGUACCUAUCGAGAUUCCAAUACGAAGGUUGCCGCAGCUGCAGCCUUUGACAUUGCAGCCUGUGACGAGGAAUGGAGACGUGUGGCUGCGGCCGCAGCGGAAACGCAACGUCUUUUGCCUGGCUUGGCGACACCAAUGAGAACACCAAGUGCUCCAUUGGGAGCACCGUUGAUACUAUCCCCAAGGAUAUCGGUGCCAACCACUGCAGCAUCCUUGCUUAAUGGCUCGGGUCCCCCAGGAUCUCUUCUAUCAGCUGGUGAUCCACAUGGACUGAUCUAUACACCUUAUGCGGACUACGCCAAUUAUGCUGCGUUAGCAGCCUCGCCACUUCUCACCGAGUACGCCACUGCGGACCAUUCUGGUGCAGCAGCCGCUGCGAAGCAGCGUAGGCACCUGGGUCAGAUUCGUGAGCACCCUUAUCAAAGGGCUGGCGCUCUCUCGUGAAUUCGCAGAGAGCACAGAGAGUACUGUUUACGCCUACGCGCGGAAAGGCUUGGAGUGCUAACAAUGGAAUCCACUCGCCCCGUGCUAACACCUGGACUCUGGAACAGCAUCCGCGCGUUCGAUCGAUUCAUCAACCAGCCGACACCACCUUCGCCGUCCGCGUCACCAGCCCUGUUCGUCAAGCUUAUCCAUCCUGUAUCCUCUUGAUGUUCAAACAAAUUCGUAUUUUUCGUUAAUAGAUUAGAUAGUUAGAGAGAUAGACAGAUAGUCUAGUUAGUUAGUUAGUUAGUUAGUUAGUUAGUUAGUUAGUUAUUUAGAUAGAGAGUUAGAUAGAUAGGUAGAUAAAUGCAUACAUACAUACAUACAUACAUACAUAUCUAUCUACACAUACAUAAAUAUAUGUAUUUGAUUAGGAAGAAAAGUUCGUAGAGUUUUGCUAUGAUCGCUGUGUAUGAAGAAAAAAAAAAGAAAAGAAAGAGAAAAGAAAGAAAGAAAGAAAAAGAAAAAGAAAAAAAAAGGACCCUCUACGAACUCUUGUUCCCAUCUAAUAUAUACAUAAACAUAGAGUCCUUGGCUCUCUUAUCAUAUUAUUGGCAUUCUAAGAGAUAGUAUAAUGCAUAUAACACGUACUAUCAAAUCGGAUAACGUUAUUAGAUCUUUUUCUCCGUCCGUUUGUCUGCGUUCAAUGAUAAUAUAUAUAUAUAUAUAUAUAUUACAUCUUCGUGUUAGGAUCGAACGUUUCAAAUGAUUUUAACAACAAAACCUAAGGACAGAUUUCGAGUAUGUUAAUUUACGUUUGAUCGAUCAUUUUUUCAUACGGACGAAUCAGAGUUGUUGCGCGCGUUUAAUUGUUCUCCCUUUUUUUUUUUUCUUCUUAUUAUCGUUACAAUUCUUCUUUUUCGGCUUUUUUUUUUUUAUUCGUUAUCUCUCUUUGGUAUUUACAUAAACGACAACAACGACAAUAACAACAACAACAACAACAACAAUAAUAAUUACUAUAACAACAACAGCAACAACAACAACAGCAACCCGGAUGUUUGUACUAAAUUAGAUGUCUGGAUCUCUUUUUAUUUAUUUAUUUUAUUCUAUUUUUUUUUUCUUCUCUACAUUUUUUUUUCUUUUGCUUUUCUUCCUUAGGACAAAAUCCUAGCAGCAAAAUUAUCAUGAUAACGCUACUGAUAACUUUUGAAAUUAACGGUAUAGUCGAUGGUCGGUGAAAUCUAUGAAAAAUCAAUAAAAAAGUAAUAUAUAUAUACACACACACACAUAUAUAUAUAUAUAUAUAUAUAUAUAUAUAUGUAUGUAUAUGUAUAUAUAUAUAUGUAAACAUAUUAAGAGAACAUUUUCCAUGAGCGGCGGCGAGAUUAUAAUAAAUAUUGGCUUUCCAGUACUUACCUGCUGAUGCAGCAACAUAAGAAAGCGAGCGACGGUAUCAACUUAAAAAAAAAAAAAAAAAAAAAAAAAAAAAAAGAAAAAAAAAGAAAAAAAAAGGAAAAAAAAAGAAAAAAAAAGAAAAAACAAAAAGAAAAAAGCAGAUCGUGUGGAAGACGUCAAUGAAUUUUAUUUUUUAUUUUUUUCUCUCUUCCCUUUCUUUUUUCUUUUCUUUUCUUUUCUAAUCUCUAAUCUCUAAUUUCUAAUUUUUAAUUUCUAAAUAUAGCAAAGAGGUAUCACGCAAUAGCAAAUCUAUACGAAAAACUUAGGGAAAGCGAUUGCAAAAUUAACUUUUAUAUUUCUGUGUUGGAUGAAUAUGUAAUAAUUAAAUUAAAACGAUUUUUAUUUAUAUUCGUUCAGUCCUGUCAAAAAAAAAAAAAAAAAAAAAAAAAAAAGAAAAGUAAAAAAUGAACGAGUCGAUAUUAUAUACGAAGUAUAUAAAUUGUGCCAAAAUUCAAAGUUAAUAUUGAUACAGAAUUAUAAACGCAGAUGUAUUUCUCUCCUUCAUUGAUAUUUUUUUUUUUUUUUUUUUUUCAAUUAUUAACGAUUAUGCUAUACUUCAAUGUGUCAAAAUACAAAAUCUAAUAGUAAACGCUAAAAAGGUAUAUAAAUACCCUUGUUCAUUAACAAAUGAAAUUUAUAUGCAUAUUGUAUAUUACGACCAUAAAUAGUCAGAUAUAUAUUAGUAUAUAAAAUACUUUUUUUUUUUUUUUUUUUUUUUUUUUUUUUUAUUAUAAACGGCGAAUCAAAGUAAUUAUAAUAUCGUUAAAUUUUGUUGAGUUUAUAGAAAUUUCCCAGAUGACAAUUUUUAUGUUGAUCUUAAUAAUCAUUUCAAAACAAUAGGGGCAAUUCAAGAGGCAUAUGCUUUUUAAUGCGUAUGAUAAUGCGACGAGAUGCAGAGUGGGUAAUAAUAAUAUGAAAUAAUGAAUAGAUCUGUUGUUAUCACUUUUUGCUGCAAAAUUAUUAAUAUUAUUAUUAAUAUUAUUAUUAUUAUAUUAUUAUAUUAUAUUAUAUAUUAUUAUAUUAUAUUAUAUAUUAUAUUAAGAUAUAUAAAUACAUGUAUGUAAUAUGUUCAUAUGUGCAGGAGAGCGAUUGCGUGAGAGAUUGAUUUACUUAAUAUUGAUUAACAUCAUAUAUUAAUUUGCACUCUGUUGAAUUUUAGGUCUGCCAUAUGUAUAUGUAUUUGUAAGAGUUUUUAGUAUAUGUUAAUUUCUUUGUAUAGUUAAUCUCAAAUGUAAAAUUUUCUGCCUCAUUAUUCAGUUUAUAUUAUAUUCUGAGGUUCUAUCCGUCGAGAGAAAGAGUCUUCGCAAGAGACACUGGUAGCUUGUCUUUCUUGUACAUAGAUGCUAAAAGGCACACAGCUAUGAUAUAAAAGUGAUCUGAAAUCUACUUAAACUCACAAUGUGAAAUAAUAAUAUUCGAUUAUUUUAUUAUCACAUACGUAAUCGAUGGAAAAAAAAAAUAUAUAUAUAUAUAUAUCUAAUAUAUAAAUAUAUAUAUAUAUAUAUAUAUAUAUAUGAUAUAUCACAUUGUCUUAUAUUUAUAUAAAUAUAAUUAUAUAAGUUUGAAGAGUGCAUAUAUUGUUUAUGUUACCUGCAUCUACGUGCAUAAACAUUUAUGCAUAUUAUAUGCAAUAGAAAGGUCAUUCUCUAUAUGUGCUGUUAUGCAAUUACCAACAUAUUAUACGUAUAUGCUGAGAUAGUUAAAAGUUUAAAUAAUAGUAUAAAUAAGUAAUGCCUCGAUUUAUAAUUUUAUCGUUAAUGUAAUACAUCGAGUAUUUAAAAAGCAUUUAUUACGGACUAUCGUCUAUCUCUUUAUUUUUCUCGAAAUUACAUCUAUUACUAAUAAUCUAUGUGUACGAAUCUAAACGACUUUAUGAAUCACUUUUUAGCGCAUUUCUUUUUUUUUUUUUUUUUUUCUCUUUUUCCUUUUCUUUUCUUUUCUUUUACGAAACCAAUAACAAUCGUAGGCAUCGUUUAUUUAUACUUCAUUUAAUAUAUAUUUAUAUAAAUAUAUAUAUAUGUGCACAUAUAAAUUAUAUCUAAGAAAUUAUAUAAUAUACGUGCAAGCAAUUUUGUUAGAAAUUAUGAUAUAUCUGAGUUCUUUUCUUUUAUUGCGUUAUAGAGUUAAAUAGUUUUUUUUUUUUGUCGAAAUUUAUAUUAUGUCUAUUUUUUAGUUUCAUAUUUUAUCUUAAUGUUGACAAUAUUAUUUGUCGAUAAGAUGUGCAGGAUAUGUGGCAAUAUUAAUGUGUAAGCAAGGAUAAAUCCACAGAUAAUUUUAAUUUUUUUGAAAUCUCUGUAAGAUCUGAUUAAAAAAAAACAAAAAACUUAGUACUUUAUAUUACCCAUGAGAAUUUAUAAUUUGCAAUGAAAUUGCAAAAUAAAUGAUUAAUUAUAUACGUAUAUGUAAAAAAGGAAAAAAGAGAAAAAGAAAAAAAAAAAGAAACAACAAAGAAAUAGAUAUCACAAUCUGCAAUAUAUAUAAAACUCAGUUACAUCCAUAAAAACAUUUCGGUUUUUGCUAAACUGUAAAAAGUACAAAGAAAGCAUCAAACCGAGAAUGGCUAUUGAAUUUACACAGAUAAUGUAAGUGCUAAAAUCGUGUUCAAAGGAUAUAUAUAAAUACAAAUUUAGAUAAAUAUAUAUGAAAAACUUCAUCACAACUAGCUUUAUUUUUACCAAAAAGUCUAAUAUUUUACGAUGGAAAAGAAAACUCUGUUCUCUAUAGCAGCAAUAGAUAAUCAAAAUAUUUAUUUUGACAAUGAAUAUGAAAGAAGAUGAUAUGCAAAUAAAUUUUUAUUAGGAUCAAUGAAGAAAAAGAAUCAUAUUAGAAAAAUAUCACAAAUAUUAUUGGCAAUAAUUAAAUAACUAUUAUGUAUAUGAGAGUUUGUGCUAAUAAAAUAAUGAUAAAAGAAUUGCUCACAAAAAGUCGAGUAAUACGACGACUAGCUUUAUCUCAUAUGACUAAUUUGACUAUAUACAAUAUUCAACAUUAUUAAAGUAUUAUUUUAUUCUCGUAGCAAUGUUUAUUAUGUGAAAAAUGCAACGUAUAUAAAUACAUACGUUAAAUUAUGAACACACAUAAUGGUGCAGUUUACGAUCUAUGUACAUACACUACACUUUACCAAAUCAAGUGUAGAAAAGAUCACUAACACUUACUUUCUGUGUUUGAAAUGCGCACGAGAGAAAUAUUUUUAUUACACAACUGUUAGCAUUAGAGGGUUUAACUAACAUUCAUUGAAUAAAUCCAAAAAAUCACA